AAAAAUAUAAGCCGUAAUACAGAGAAAGGCAGGCCGCAAGAGAUGGAUAGAAUGAUGCCGAUUCUUCGAGCUGAACUGCACUUUCCUAGAAACCACUCAAUAGGAAUUGGAUGCAGAAACUUGUUCGCACGCAUCACCAAGAUCCUGAUCUCCUUAGGGAAAAAAAAGUGGAAGAAAUUCGGCUCGCUCGGCUUCUUUACUCUGCCGUGAGUUGUGUCAUUCAUUGGUGGCAUAGUUGUCCCGGGAGUCGUAUUCGAUGACCCCAGGAAGGUUCCUAGUAAGUUCAUUACAGGAUAGAUCAAUUUUCAGAGUUGAGACUUUGUCUCGUGAGAGCGCAUUAUAUCCUUCGAGAGACGAAACACAAAAGAGAUCUACAGUCUCUCGCGCUUUUUAAACGUGGGGUGGUUCUGAUAGAAGAUAGGACAGGGCAACCAUUUCAUUCAGUUGACAUCAUACAGAAGUCCCCACCUCCAUGAAAGGCCUUCCCCUUCCCUACAAAGCUCCUCUCCGUUCCACCUCUUCUCAUAUAUUUGCCCCAGUUCCUGUUCCAUCACUUCUUCCUUCUCUUUGACGGGAUUCCGAAAAAAAAUAAAAGGGGGAACAUGGAGGACGGAAGCCAGUCUCAACCGAAGGCCGCAGAUACACCAGCGCCUUCAGAGGGCAGAGAGUUCGAGGAUCUGCUGCCGGUAAUGGCGGAGAAGCUCGACAUGGACACCUUCGUGUCGGAGCUGUGCGGGGGCUUCCGCCUCCUAGCAGAUCCUGUAAGGGGCCUGAUAACGUCUGAGAGCCUGAGGAAGAACUCUGCGCUCCUUGGGAUGGAGGGGAUGAGCGCUGAAGAAUCGGAGGCCAUGGUCAGAGAAGGGGACCUCGACAGGGACGGAGCCCUCAAUGAGUCCGAAUUCUGUAUCCUCAUGGUCAGACUCAGCCCCGGGAUGAUGCAAGAUGCUGAGGCAUGGCUGGAGAAAGCGAUCGAAGAAGAACUGAGCAGGUCCUCCCGUUGAUUAUCUUGCUUACCUCUUCCACGAAAAGUGAGGCAGAUCAACGUUCAAUCAAUGUGAAGCUUGCCCUUAUGAUCCGGGGCUUCUUAAAUUUCUGCUGAACCAAUUAGUUGAACUGCAUAUUCUUUGGUUGUGAUCUUCUAGACUGUGUUAACCAUUCUGAAAAUUCGAUAAUCUGGUCAAGAAACUUUGCACAAACCUUUGAUCA